UCCCUACUAUGCUUCUCCUGCUCCUCCUUUCCACUCCCCCAGGUAUAAGGGCUGGGCCAGGUGAGCCGGCUCCUCCUGUCUCGGUCCCAGAAGCCCUAGCAGGCAGAAGAUGAGCCACUGGUCCCUCAGGGACACGCCAUAGGAGAACACCCCCAGAUCCUAAAGAAGUGACCCCAGUGCCCCCUACUCACCCAGGUCACCAUGGGACAAUGUCAUUCUGCAAAUGCUGAGGAUGCCCAGGAGUUCAGCGAUGUGGAACGGGCCAUCGAAACCCUCAUCAAAAACUUUCAUCAGUAUUCAGUAGAGGGGAAGAAGGAGACUCUGACAUCUUCUGAGCUUCGGGAUCUGGUCACCCAGCAGUUGCCCCAUCUUAUGCCGGGCAGCUGUGAGCUGGAUGAGAAAAUCGCCAACUUGGGCAGCUGCAAUGACUCCAAGUUAGAGUUUGGGAGCUUCUGGGAACUGAUCGGAGAAGCAGCCAAGAGUGUGAAGCUAGAAAACAUGACCCGGAGAAACUGAGCCUCUACCACCACAACCCAAGGAAUCUUGGGAAGGGGUGGGAAGGGGCCCCCCAGAGACUGUGUAAACACAAAAAUAAAAAUUUCUAGCUUCUUCCCUAGCUCCCCACCCUAUUCCUCGCCUUUCCCCCCCAAGACUUUGUGUAUAC